AUGUCGAAAGGCGUAGUCUCGAUGAAGGAGGGACAGGAGGAGGCAACUUCAUUUACUCAGCUUGUGUACGAUGUAUAUCGAUUCGUUAUGUACCAUAAACAAGCGAUCGAGAGUAGCCCUCUUCAGGCGUAUGGAUCUGGGCUGUUGUUCAGCCCAAAGCAGAGUGUAGUGAGAAAGCUGUUCCAGCACGAAGGGCCAGAAGGUAUCGCUCUCAAGCCAGGCAUGAGCGACAGAUGGAGCGCGUGCCUGCAGACGCUCGAGGGCCAUAGCAGUUUGGUCUACUCAGUGGCCUUCUCGCAUGACUCGACGCGGCUAGCAUCGGCGUCCUGGGACAAUACCGUCAAGAUGUGGGAUGCGAGCAGCGGCGCGUGUCUGCAGACGCUCGAGGGCCAUAGCGAUGGUGUCACCUCUGUGGCAUUCUCACAUGACUCGACGCGGCUGGCAUCAGCGUCCUGGGACAGGACCGUUAAGCUCUGGGAUGCGAGCAGUGGUGCGUGUCCGCAGACGCUCGAGGGCCAUAGUCAAACUGUUAGGUCAGUGGCCUUCUCGCAUGACUCAACGCGGCUGGCGUCGACGUCUGACGACAGGACCGUUAAGGUAUGGGAUGCGAGCAGCGGCGCGUGUCUGCAGACGUUCGAGGACCAUAGCAAGUCUGUUACCUCCGUGGCCUUCUCGCACGACUCAACGCGACUAGCAUGGGCGUCGUGGGACUGCACCGUCAAGAUGUGGGAUGCGAGCAGCGGCGCGUGCCUGCUGACGCUCGACGUUGGCAGGCAUCUUUACAAUCUGUCAUUUGAUAAUACUGGUGUAUGUCUAGUUACGGAAAUUGGAUCUCUCGAUGUAAGUACAUCUAUGGGUUUUGGUGCCGAGAAUGUUACAGUACUUCAACAUCCCCAGUAUGUGGACGCGGGCGUAAGUCCAGACAGCACAUGGAUUACGUGUGACGGCAAAAACCUGCUCUGGAUACCACCCGAGUAUCGACCAUCAUGCUCGUCUGUGUGGGGGGAUACGAUUGGCAUGGGUGUCGGAUCAGGAAGAAUAUGGAUUUGUAGUAUCAACCUUCAAAUGUUUUCCUAG